AUGGCUGAAAGCUCCGCUGAAGACUACCCGUGGUGCCCGGUAGCAUUCCCUUCCAAUGUGGACCCUUCCCCUCCGCAUUGUGGCUCUCGGGCGGCCGAGCGAGUAACACCGGGCUCUCGUGCUUGGGAAGCAAUCGUCGACUCGGAUCCUGCAGCGUUCGUAAACCUUUUCAUUGGAACGACUGCAGGCGGACAUGUCUUUCCGGGUGCUACCGUUCCGCAUGGAAUGGUGAAGGCGGGAAUGGACACCGAUUCACCAGGAAACCAUGCCGGAUAUGAUGCCAACCCUGCGUAUCUCGCAACAGGGUUCUCCCAGCUUCACGAAACUGGGACGGGAGGGGAUAUACCGCUUUCGAAUUUCAAGCUCUGGCCCCUGGCAGAUUGCCCCUCGUUCGAUCGAUGUCAUACUUCCCUUGACAAAAGGAAGAUAUCUCGGAAAAUAUUGCUAGACGGUUCCCCAGAUGACGAGGCUUCACCAGGAUACUUCGCGACGAAUUUGACGACUGGGGUUCGUGUGGAACUGACUGCCACGCGACGAACUGCUCUGCACAGAUAUACAUUCCCGGCAACAAGUACUCAUCCGCGUAUAAUUGUCGACAUCAGCAAUGAUGGUAAAAUGAGUGCCCGUGAAGUUGUUAUGAAAAUCAACGGAACAACUGGGCGGGUCGUUGGUGGAGCAACCUUCGACGGUUCAUUUGGUCCUGGAUCAUAUCGUGUCUACACCUGUGUCGACUUCCAGAGCGAAAACGCUGGAUACGUGGUACCAACCGAGUAUGGCGCAUGGUCAGGAGACACUCCUAAAAAGGGCACGAAUGAAAAUUCAUUCGACAUCUCAACUGGAGGUCAGGUUGGCGCACUCCUAACCUUCCCGCGCUCUUCAGCUGGUCGCUCUACGUCCAUUCUGGCCCGCGUUGGAGUGUCUUUGAUAUCGACGAAGCAAGCCUGCGCUAAUGCUGAAGCCGAGAUUCCUCACUUUGAUUUUGAAGCCGUCAAGAAGGCCUCCCGGUCACAGUGGAAUGAUAUUUUAAAACGUAUUCGCGUUGAUCCAGUAGGCGUCCCGAGAGACUCAGUCGAGUUAUUUUAUUCUUCGCUUUACAGGACUCACAUUGUUCCAGCCGAUUAUACUGGAGAAAAUCCUAAAUGGAACUCGACCGAACCGUACUACGACUCCUUCUAUUGCAACUGGGACACAUAUAGAACCCUCUUUCCUUUGAUGUCUCUUCACGACCCAGAAAGCUUCGCAAAGAUCGUGCGGGGAAUGAUUGAUAUCCAAAAGCAUGAAGGGUUUCUCCCGGAAUGUAGAAGCGCCACCGUUAUGCAGCACAUCCAAGGGGGCAGUAAUGGAGAUCCUAUCUUGGCGGAAUUCUAUGUCAAGUUCUCCGAUAGAGCGGCACUUCUCAAUGUAUCUUCAUCGGACUUGUACCAGGCACUCCUAGCAGACGCCGAGAACUUGCCUCUAGAUUGGGAACUUCAGGGGAGGCAGAUCAAACCAUGGAAGCUUCUCAAUUAUAUCCCAAGUGACAAAUACGAUGGGGAAGCCAACACUAGGCAAGUCUCAAGGACAUUAGAGUAUGCCUUCGAUGACUUCACGAUCUCGCAAGUCUCAAAGCUUUUGGGCAAGGAGGACGACCAUCGGAAGUAUUCUCGCCGCGCCUCGAAUUUCCUAAAUGUGUGGAACCCAAAUGUAACGGUACCAGGUGCGACAGAGAUCCGAGGAAUGAUGCAGCCCCGUCUUUCCAACGGAGCAUUUGACUAUACCGACCCUCGUCACUGCAGUAUUCAUGACCCCGACCACUCGACAUGUUAUCUUGACUCUUACGUCAAUACGGACGGCUUCUACGAAGGCUCUCCCAUAGUUCAAAUUGACCAAAGCCCUCACGUAAAGUACUCUGAGUAUGUUCCCCACGACACUGCGAAACUAAUCGAACUACAAGGUGGAAACGAGAAAUUCAUAUCGAGGCUUGACUUUAUCUUUAACCAAAGUUACUUUGAGCCCACGGAUGAACCUUCGUUACAGAUGCCGUUCAUGUAUCAUUACGCGAAUCGACCUGGCCUCAGUACCCAACGGUCCAGGCAAGUCAUCGCUGAAUUCUUUAACACUUCAAGCAACGGCCUUCCUGGUAAUGACGAUUCUGGUGCCAUGGGAAGCUAUGUCGCGUUCCUUUUGGCUGGGCUCUACCCGCUUCCUGCAACAAAUCAAAUAUUGCUCUCAUCUCCCUUCUUUCCCCAAGUAUCAUUUCGAAAUCCCCUCUUUGAUACCACAACAACCAUCCGAUCAAAGGGAUUCGUGGGUAACCCACCCAAUGGGACCGGUGGUAAUGUAUUCAUCAAGAGCGUCAGUGUCAACGGAACUCCAUACAAAUCUAACUGCUAUCUCGACUGGGACGUAUUUGUUGCGGGCUCUCUCAUUGAGUUGACGCUUACCGAUAACAUCAAUGUUACAUGUGGAGAGGGAGCCCACGCACUUCCCCCUUCGCUGUCAACCGGAGGAUACGAUUGA